GUUUGACCCCGAGUGGACGGGCCACUCCGUCUGGACGCAUCACUCCCACGGGACGCAGGACUCCUUUGGGAAAACCUGGAGAAUCCACCCUAAGACAAGGAGUGCCACAGAAACCGUACACGUUUAUGGAUGAGAAGGCCAGAGGUCGUUUUGGUGUAAUCAGAGAAUGUCGAGAAACGCCACCGGUAACCUGUACAUGGCCAAGAUCGUGCCGUACGAGCCUGACAACAAGCAGGUUGUGUUACAGGAGUACGACAUCCUGAAGUCCCUCCAUCACGAGAAGGUCAUGGCCCUACACGAGGCAUACGUCACCCCACGAUAUCUGGUGCUCAUUUCAGAGUGCUGCUCAGGAAAAGAGCUCCUCUAUAGCUUGGUUGACAGAUUCCGAUACUCUGAAGAUGAUGUAGUGGCAUAUAUUGUACAGAUUCUUCAGGGUCUGGAUUAUCUGCACAGCCGGAGAAUUCUGCACCUGGAUAUCAAACCAGACAACAUCAUCGUCACCUACAUGAAUGUGGUUAAGAUCAUUGAUUUUGGGGGGGCACAGAAUUUCAAUCCACUCUUCCUCAAGCAGUUCAGCCCACCCAUCGGAACACUGGACUAUAUGUCCCCUGAGAUGUUAAAAGGAGAUGUGGUGGGUCCACCAGCAGACAUCUGGAGCAUCGGGGUUGUAACAUACAUCAUGGUCAGCGGGAGACUGCCGUUUGCAGAGAAUGACCCCUCUGAGACGGAGGCCAGAAUCCUGGCGGCCAAGUUUGACCUCAGUAAGCUCUACCAAAAUGUGUCGCAAAGUGCCUCUCUGUUCCUCAAAAAGAUCCUGUGCAGCUACCCUUGGGCCCGUCCUACUAUUAAGGACUGCUUCAACAACUCCUGGCUGCAGGACGCUUAUCUGAUGAGACUGCGCAGACAGACUCUCACCUUCACCACCACACGCCUCAAAGAGUUUCUGGAGCAACAGAAGAAGGUCAGGGCCGAGAUGGCAACAAAGCACAAAGUCCUUCUACGUUCAUACCAGAGCACUCCACAGACCCCAUCCACCCCCUCGACACCAGGCACCCCCACCACGCCCAUCUUUCAGUGACCUCUACGACUGGAGAGAUGAGAAGAAGGGUUCACCAGGAUCAGGACAGAGAGAGACACACAGCAUCAGGGUAUCUCAGACGCUCUAAACUGCCCCGGCUUUGACGGGACUGGAUGUGCGGUGUGGUACCACAAGGAUCUUUUUGCCUCAACCAUACUUUGUUAAUGCCACCCGGAGUCAGAUUGGUUAUGGGAGACACUUACCUCCAAGCUGACAAAAACAUAAUGGAUGUCAAUGCAUUUACCUCUGUUAAGCUGUGGCCAGCAUGCACAGAAAAGUUGUGUUUAUUGUUCAAACCCCCCCCCAACGUCCCGACACUUUUAUCCCUGUGACUUUUUGAUAAACCUACUUCAGCUGUUCUCAGCAUUGCAUCUCUAAAGAGGGGUCGGGAACUUUGGACCCAUCUUUGUUAACCACAAUGAAAACUCAUUCGAGGAUCAUUUUACGCAAAAAAAAUUGUCAAGUUUGUGUGUAUUUUUGUGGUGUCUUCCAAUUGUGUACCAGGGCCUUGAGAUUUGUGGAAAAUAGUGAACAUGUUUUUUUGGAACUAGUUUUUAUGGCAAGAAAUAAUUUUAUUACUGGUACUUGUUAUACCAUUCUGAUCGGUGUAUAUGAAAGUCAAUAGAAGUAAUGUUGAGCACUCCAUUGUUCUAUAGUGCCAUCUGCCAUCAACCAAAAUAUUUUUUUGUCUUUUACAAAAGUGUAUUAUUCUAAACAAAAGUGAAUUGAAUUGUAAUAUUGAAAAGCCUCUUUGGGCCUUAACAUUGUUUCUUUAAAAAAAAAACGUCAACGGGAAUGAUUUAACUUUUUGGCAAAUGUUUAAAAAACAGUGCUGGCUGUUAUUUAAUUUUUUUUUAUAUGUCUGCUUUAGCACCAGGAAUGUAUUGUAAAUUGCAGAUUUUAAUGCAUCAGUAUAGCAUACAGUAGCAUACAGCAUGCAUCAUUACCAAACUCUUUACAUAUACGUAAGUUGAGCACCGUUGGUUGAAAAAUCUCAGUCCCUGCCAAUGAUAUGUUGGCCAAAGUUAUCUGGAUGUAGAGACACGCUGGUUCAAUAUGUGCCUGGAAACAAACAUGGUCGGAUAGAAUAGAGAGGACUUAUAGAAGUGUCAUUUUUUGUUUGUUUUUAAAAAACAUACAUCGGCUGCUGCAGUGAAUGGUUAUUAGAAUCCUAUUUUUAAGUUGUUCCUGUAAUAUUCAUAUACAGUAUAUUUAUGAAUUUAGUAACCUUAUGGUUGAAUGAUUAUCAGGCAUUAUCCUUGAUCAAUUUAUCUUGAUUUAUUCAGAUAACACAACACAUCUGUAUUAAAAAAAUAUUUCAUAUGAUUACAUACACUCAGCUAAAGGAUUAUUAGGAACACCAUACUAAUACUGUGUUUGACCCCCUUUCGCCUUCAGAACUGCCUUAAUUCUACAUGGCAUUGAUUCAACAAGGUGCUGAAAGCAUUCUUUAGAAAUGUUGGCCCAUAUUGAUAGGAUAGCAUCUUGCAGUUGAUGGAGAUUUGUGGGAUGCACAAAGCUCCCGUUCCACCACAUCCCAAAGAUGCUCUAUUGGGUUGAGAUCUGGUGACUGUGGAGGCCAUUUUAGUACAGUGAACUCAUUGUCAUGUUCAAGAAACCAAUUUGAAAUGAUUCGAGCUGUGCGACAUGGUGCAUUAUCCUGCUGGAAGUAGCCAUCAGAGGAUGGGUACAUGGUGGUCAUAAAGGGAUGGACAUGGUCAGAAACAAUGCUCAGGUAUGCCGUGGCAUUUAAACGAUGCCCAAUUGGCACUAAAGUGUGCCAAGAAAACAUCCCCCACACCGUAACACCACCACCAUAAUUGCAUUAAUGAGAAAUUGAACAGGUGUCCCUAAUAAUCCUUUAGGUGAGUAUAUUCAAAUGUGUUGUAAAUGAUGGAUGCUUGUCUAAACAUAAGUCUAAGAUAUGUUUAUUCAUCCAUAAACAGGAUUUUACCUGAUUUGGAGUGUAUGAAUGGGCCUUGGUCUUGAUUUUAUUGUAGAGAUAGUAUUAAAAUAAAUAUAUAGUUUCUAUUAUUUUGAUUUAUUUGCAUCCUGUUUGCUGAACACUGAGGCAGAAUUUGUGUUUGUUUUAUUUGUUUUUGUCUUUGUGUUUUUUUUCCUAACACAAAUAUAAGAUCAAUCUUAUUGAAGAGAAUAUUUUAGGCAGAUCUAGAUAAAGGCAAACAAAGAGGAUGAUUGUUUUCUCAUCUAAACACCCAAGGCACAAUUCUACUUUAUUGUCAUCAUGUGACCAUACAUAGCAAAACUUCAUCACAUAUACGUAUAUAUCGGCUUGUGUAAUGAAUAAACUUUCCUUGGUGUUUAUUUCAGUACUUGCUAUGAUGGUUCAAUGCAAAAAACAAAGGUUUUGUUCUUCUAGCCAAUUUGCUUAUUAUUUGGUUUUUACUAAGGUUAUUCAAAUGAGUGACUAACUUCUCAUAGAUCAAGUUUCAGGUAACUCAAAUAUGGCACGGGGCAAGAAUUUAACUCAAAUAAUGUAAUAACAAAGAAUAGAAAUCUAGAAUCAGAGUUCUGUGUUGUUGUGAAUAAGAUUUUAUAUUUUAUUUUUGUGUGCGUUCAACACUCUCUGCCGAGCAACCCUUUAAUAUGAACUCGAGCUUUUCUGGAAUGAAUUAUGUUGCACUAAAACAGUGAAAAACAUGGAGAUGAAGUGGAAGACUGAAGUGUGUAUACAGUAUGUCGAAAACACAACCUUUCAUGAAUAAAAUCAGCUGUCAGCAAUACUGAA